UUCUGCAUCCCGACCGCUAAAGAAGGUCACUUUCUCUUUAAAUGCAAAUUACCUCCUGCCUGCUCUGCUUGCACCCGCUUGGUUCCCUAGGAGGAGAGCACUGAGGGCGGAGGGAACGGCACCGAAGCCUCACUCCUGACCGACACCUCCAGCGGCACCUGAGGCCCAGCCGGCAUCCGAUGGAGGACAAGAAGAAGAAAAGGAGUCCCAAGCCCUGCCUGACCCAGCCAGCGCAGGCCCCGGGCACACUACGAAGGGUCCCUGUGCCCACCAGCCACAGCGGCUCUUUGGCCCUGGGACUCCCUCAUUUGCCGUCCCCCAAGCAGCGGGCCAAGUUCAAGAGGGUAGGCAAGGAGAAAUGCCGCCCCGUGCUGGCUGGAAGUGGGGGCGGCUCCGCAGGCACUCCCCUGCAGCAUUCCUUUCUGACCGAGGUGACGGAUGUCUAUGAGAUGGAGGGGGGACUGCUGAACCUGCUCAAUGAUUUUCACUCAGGCCGCCUGCAGGCCUUUGGGAAGGAAUGCUCCUUUGAGCAGCUGGAGCACGUGCGGGAGAUGCAGGAGAAGUUGGCCCGGUUGCACUUCAGCCUGGACGUGUGUGGGGAGGAGGAGGAGGAGGAAGAGGAGGACGGGGUCACGGACGGGCUGCCUGAGGAGCAGAAGAAGACGAUGGCGGACCGCAACCUGGACCAGCUGCUUAGCAAUCUGGAAGAUCUUAGUAAUUCUAUGUAUCCUUUCCUAUGUGUAUGUGUGUCCACACUGCCCACAGACGAAAUCCGUUUCCUUCUCCCCACCACCCUCCAGGAGUAUUUAUAAUAAAACUAACAUCUCUCCUUUCUGUCCUACUGAAGCAGAAUUAGCCACAAACCGCCCCCAUGCACAUUUCUCCCGAAUAUCAGGAGAAAGACAGUUACAGGGAAUGUGAUUUCUUAUGAAGAUCCUUGCAAGUGAGGCCUCUGGCUGGCUCAGUCGGUAAAGCUUGGGACCCUUGAUCUCUAGGGUUGUAAAUUCGAUCCCCGUGUUGGGUGUAGAGAUUACUUAAAAAUAAAACAUUUUUAGUCACACUAGUGAAAAAAGUUUUUUUUUUUUUUUAAAGAGAGGGAGAGGGGGUG